GGGAAAUUUCCAGAAUAAUACAUUUUAUGUUAUUGCUGCGGAAACGUACUAGAAAACGGAAGAAGUAUUUGGUUUUCUUCUUCGCCAUGCGGUAUCAAUUCGACAGCUUCGUCUGCUUGUUUUGACACUAGUGAUUCUGCACUUAAAUGUUUGUUUUCAAAGUUCUGCGAUUUCUAAUUUGAUGUUGCCAUGCUACUUUCAGACAAGAUUUAUUAUGCUAUCGUAGAAGCUUUAAAUAUCGGAAUUUAAUGUAAAUUGAAGAGUCCUUUUGAUUUAUGAAAGAUGUCACUUAAGGAAGCAGUUGAAAAACUGUACUAUUUUAGGGAUCAUUACUUUGAGCAUCACUCAACAGAUCAUGCUGACAAAAAAAUAGAAGAUCUGACUAUAGAACUGAAUAAGACUUUGAAAUUAUUUGAUACUGAAAAUGAAGCUAACAGUGUUGGAAAAGUAACAGAACAUGAUUUUCUCAGAGCCAAAGCAAUGAAUGUUUUACCUGAAUUCAAACCUGAAGUUCUUGAAAUACUUACAAAGUUGGUGAAAUUUCAUCCUAAACAUGUAGAAGCUUGGAAUGAACUUGGAACAUGCUUUUGGAAGAAAGGUGACAUAAAGGCUGCCAAAAGUUGUUUUGAAAGUGCAUUAAGAGAAGAGAAAAAUGUAGAAUCUCUACGAAAUUUGUCUAUGGUUUUACGGCAGAUUGGAGAUACCCCGGAAGAAAAAAUUGCUAAUAUUCACCAAAGCUUAGAAAAGGCUAAAGAGGCUGUGAAUCUGAAUAUUCAAGAUGGAAAUUCAUGGUAUAUAUUGGGCAAUGCCUAUUUGAGCUUGUAUUUUUCUACGGAUCAGAACCCAAAUAUGAUUAAACAGUGUCUAUCAUCAUACAGUCAGGCUUAUGCUGAUGAAUCUGUGAGGUGCAAUCCAUAUCUGCAUUAUAACUGGGCAGUAGCACUGAAAUAUGAUGAGAAUUACAGGCUAGCAUUAGAGAACUUAGAGAAUGCUUUAAAGCAUGAUCCAUUAUGGAAUGAACCGAAAGAGCAGCUUGAAAUAUUAGUUAGGCUCCUGGAAAAUAUUCAAUUAAUGGUUACAAAAAAGGGCAAAUUAAAACCGAGGAAAAUUAAAGAUUUGUUGAAUUCUUUGAAAAAAGAAUAUGAAAAUUCUGAUUCAAAAAUUACAUACAUUAAUUCAAAAGGACAAUCUGUAAUUUUACAUCGAUCAAAAUUUUCUGAGCUCCAAGUUGGUCUAAACGUAGAUAAAGUUUUGAUUGGAAAAGUUGUUUGUCAAGUCUACUGUGCUGAAUCACCAUCAUUCACAUUUUGUAUGAUAGAUGAAGAUGAAAAUUGCUUUGCUGUAAAUGUGUAUAAUAUGCUUCAAGGAAAAGGUGUCAUCAUCGGUGAUACUGUAGCCAUACAUCAGCCUCUUGUGCAGCAUUUCAACUUUAGCUUUAAGGAUAAGGUAUUUACAUUCUCAACUGUUCGAGUGAAUAGUCCUUUGCAAUUAGAAGUAAACAAAAAAAAGUUGGGUAGAGAUGUGUUAGCUGCUCCAAGACUUUCUGUUACUUUAAAGAAUGAUUAAUAUUUUCAUUACAUUCCUCAUUGCAUUUAUAAGCUAUGUUCUGAUGCAUAAUAAACUUCGUUUUUUUAUGAUUUAUAAAA